AUGUAUGGUAUAACCACUGCAUUUGUUAUUCCACUGAGUAUUUCCAUGAAUAUUUAUGGUAUUAUUUUCUAUUAUGCUCGUACGUCAUCUCAACGAAUUGCUCCGUCAACAUCCAAUACUAUGACUGCUCAUAUACCCAAUGCUAGACGUGAAAUGAAACUUGCCCGAAAUAUGUUGAUUAUAGAAACGCUUUUCACAGCUGCCGGAACACCUCUUUUGAUACUUUAUCUUUGGCAAGUUAUGCAACCUAAAAGUCCACCUCCGGAAUCAUUUUAUUUAUUGAGUCUCAAUUCAAUAUCACUUUUUAUCACUCUUAUGAUGGUGAUGCUAUUCUAUAUGAACAAGGAUGUGAAAGACAUUGCUUUUAACUAUCGACACGGUGCACGACGACAUAUGCAUCCAGUAUCUACUAGUAAUCGUCGAGAGCAAAUGUUACAAGUUACCAGAUACUGA